AUGUUAGGUCUGAUCCCUGUCCUCAGAACAGCCCUUCACAGGCCUGUUUUCUCCAGACUCAACUCGUCUUUUGCUAUCUCCAAUCGCUUCUUCCAGUUCAACGACUGCAAAGAGUUGCCAGAUAGAAAAUACCCCAGUUUUGUUGCCAACGAGUACUCGAAGUUGAAGAACAUCAAGUGGGCCACCCCAUUGAACAACAUCUUGCUUGUCAAAAAGCCUAAGGAUCAAAAUGUCAGGCUAGCAAUGGUUAACUUCAUCAACUUCAUCCACGAAACAUACAGUACACAGGACAACAAGGUCAACAUCAUAGUUCCCUACGAUAUUGCUGAUGAGCUAUCACAAGUCUCGACAAAAGAGCCCAGUAUAUUACCAAAUUCUACUUCCUCUGCAAUUGAAAUCUUCACCUCCCAGCAGAUCAACCAGAUUAUCGAUAAGACUGAUUUGAUGGUCACUUUAGGUGGUGAUGGCACAAUUCUCAGAGCUGUUUCACUAUUCUCCAAUCUGUGUGUUCCUCCCAUAUUGUCUUUCUCUUUGGGCACUUUGGGGUUUUUGCUUCCUUUUGAUUUUAAAAACUGCAGAGAGGCCUUCAAUGCUGUCUAUUCCUCCAAUGCCAAAGCCAUCAACAGGUCAAGAAUACAAUGCCAUGUUCACAACCAAAAAUUAUACGCCAUGAAUGACAUUAUAAUCCACAGAGGUUCUCUACCUCAUUUGACGACAAUUGAUAUAUAUAUUGAUGGUGAGUUUCUCACUCAGUCGACUGGUGAUGGAAUAGUAUUAGCCACUCCAACUGGCUCAACUGCUUACUCUUUAAGCGCUGGAGGUUCAAUUGUUCAUCCCAUGGUUCCAUGUCUCUUGCUAUCUCCAAUCUGCCCAAGAUCUCUAUCGUUUAGACCUUUGGUUGUUCCAUCGACUUCGCACAUCAUGAUCAAAAUGAGAUCAAGGUCUUUGUUCAAUACUCCAAUAUCCAAAAUUAGUGUUGAUGGUGUUCUACUAAAAGAUUUAAACGAUGGCGAUGAGAUUCAUAUCGUGAAUGAAUCUGGCGCUAUAUUUCAGCCCAAUUAUAAACAAAUCCUUGAAUCAAACAACAAUUGCAAGUACAGUGGAAUUUACUGUAUAGCUAAAACUGAAUAUGACUGGACUAGAGGAAUCAAUGAAUUAUUAGGUUUUAAUUCGAGUUUCAAGGGUUUCGGUCGUCGAUAA